AUGCGCACCACCCUCCCACUCCGCGGCCUACUCAAACGCUCGUCCUACUACGACUCCGACUACCGACAAUCCGCAGCCCUCAUCCGUGCCCGCCGACCAUACCUGGUGAAGAACAUCCUCACAGGCACAGGAAUCAUGCUCUUCGCUUUCGGCGUCUUCGCAUUCACAAUCCGCGCCGUCGGCCAGGACACCUUCGACGACGUCGUCGUGCCGGACGCCCCACAGUCGAGCCAGACGGUUGCGCCGAAGAAUCCGCAGGGCCAGGUGAACGGGAUGAGGUCGUGA